AUGGCGGAGAAGCAGCAGCAACCAGGGCACAACUCGGCAGCACCAUAUAACUAUGGCCGAGCAGACGAAGAGUCACAGACCAAAGAACUCAAACGCCAGAAACGCAAGAAACUUAUGCUGUAUAUUGCUGCGUUCGUUGUGUUCCAAACCAUUGUUAUAGUCAUCUUUUCACUCACUGUCAUGAAGGUCAAAACCCCCAAGUUCCGCAUUCGCGCUGCCUCAUUCGACGCUUCUAGUACUGUCUCGGCAACAUCACUUGACAUGAGAAUGAAUGCUCGACUUGGUGUCAAGAACACCAACUUCGGUCCUUACAAAUUCGACAAUAGUACCAUUACCUUCUAUUACAGGGGUGCAGAAAUAGGGAGUACUAUUGUUCCCAAGUCAACGGCUAAAUUUCAAUCAACCAAGAGAUUCAAUGUUACUAUACCCCUAUCAUCAACCAGUCCAGACUUGGCAACUGAUUUCCGUUCUGGGACUUUGCCGCUGACCUGCACAUCAAGAAUGACCGGAAAGGUGGAGCUAAUGCUGGUGAUGAAGAAGAAGAAAGCUAUCAAUUUGAAUUGCACCAUGGAUGUUCAUAUCGCGAGCAAGCAAAUCCAGAAUUUGAAAUGCUAA